CUCCCCCUCCCCAACAGCUGUAAGUCAUUUUAUCUUGUCAACCACUGACUCGGAGUUAUCUCCUCUUUGUGUUUUGUCGUUCUCUCUCUCUCUCUCUCAUUUUCUCUUUCUUCGUAUACAAAUAUUUGUGUGUAGUGGUGGUCACCAGUUGGAAGCCCUCUACGUGGUCACCCUCCAUACUAGAAAUAGCAGCCGAAUCUCCCUCGCACCACUCACAUCUUGCUGUCUUAUCAAGAAAGAAACAGCAACACUGACCAACAAAACAGUUCUAAAGACAGUCCCUGAUUGGAUUAAGACAGGAUGGUCACGAUUGGAUAUAUCUUCGAUGAUAGUGCUGCAGGAUCAGGGCUGACCCAGGGCUAACGAACACUAACACAUUCAUCACAUCCACCUCCCUGUCUACCCUAAAUAUUUAUCCACCCUUAAUACACAGCCACCCUCAUGGUUGUCCACCUCUUCUACCUAAACACACCCUUAUAUUUCACCCUCUGACUCUCAUUUUCUACCCACGUACCGCCAUACAUACCCAGGAUCUACCUGCAGCCUACCCUGAGGUAUGCUACCCCUGAAACUUCAAGGAUUACCUGUUACCUCUGACCCCUGGGGUACACAACUGGGGUCACCUCAACUUAAGGAAAAUUAUUCCUGCCCCAGUCCACUUGAAGAAGGAUCUCUGAGAGCCCACAAUUUCUACAGAGUCAGGCAUGGUUCGAGUGAGCUCACUUUGAGCCAAAUGUUGUCAGACAGUGCUAAGAAAUGGGCUGAGAUUCUCUCCAGAAUGAAAUACAUUCACCAUAGUUCCAGGAAUAUCAGAGGCAUCAGAAUUGGAGAAAAUAUAGCUGUCAUCCUCAGUAACAAACCAGUUAUUUGCAGUGGUGAAGAGGUGACUGCCCAGUGGUACAAUGAAGUGGAACAAUAUAAUUAUGAACAGGGAGGAGAUACAAGCACUUGUGAUGUGAUCCCUGUGAUAAACCAGACCAAACCUGCAAUAACCCGACACAGCAAGCAAUGUCAGAGAUCAAUUCCUCUGACAAAAGAUUCCAGCAGUUCUGUGAUAGAGAUCCCUACCAGAACCUCACUCAACCAAAGUCAUGGGUCACCAGAAAAUCUUCAGUCAAACUCUCCAGAAUCCAGUUGUUCUGUGAGAAAUACCUCUGCCAGAACCCUCCCCCUCAACCACACACAUCCAUCACCAAAGAUUCUUCCAUCUAAUUCUUCCACAAAUUCCAUGAUUGAGACUUCCUCACUCAACCUCAAGCAUCAAUCACCAAAGAUUUUCCAGUCUGUCGCACAAACACUGGCCAUGUUUUCCAAAGACUGUCUGGAAACUCACAACAAAUAUCGGCACCAACACAACAGCCCUCCGCUGCACCUCUCAGAACAGUUGAGUAAAAUGGCACAAAAAUGGGCCGAAUCUGUUGCCAAAGAGUCUUACAUAUCUUACAGCAGCCAGUUGUACCGAGGCCAACAAAUUGGUCAAAAUAUUGUAUUUAGAUGGACAAAGCAAGGGGCUGCCUUCUCAGGUUCCGAAGUGGCAGAUCUCUGGUACAGCCAAGUUAAAAACUUUGAUUUCUCUCAUUACAAACACCGAAUGGAUACAGGUCACUUCACACAACUGGUUUGGAAAAACAGUCAGUAUAUCGGAAUUGGUAAAGCUGGAAACAGUGUUGGGGCAGUGGCUGUAGUGGUCUUUUAUUUCCCAGCUGGAAACAUUCAGGAAGAACUGCAAGACAAUGUCUUUAAAACAUUCUAAAGAAACAAUUUUAGUAAUACAAUUUCUCUCUCUCUCUCUCUCUCUCUCUCUCUCUCUAUAUAUAUAUAUAUAUAUAUAUAUAUAUAUAUAUAUAUAUAUAUAUAUAUAUAUAUAUAUAUUUCAAUGACUACUGUGAGUCUUACAGUAAUUAUGGAAGACAACUCUGGGCUUAUUUCAGCCUUAUUAGAUUUCUUCUGUGAAACCUAAAUCCCACCAAAUUUAGUAAUGAGAGAAACACUGUGUACCCUAUUGCACAUUGGUCCAAUGGUUCUUAGACUGACAGAUAUGAGACUGACCACCAUCACCAUAAGAUCUUUCCCUACCCCACUCCACCCUCUUUCCUUUUGAUAAUUCAAAGCCAAAAUGAUGUUUAUCUCUGUAUAAUCUUACAUUGUUCAUCAUAGGUUUGGACAAGUUUUAAAACUUAAAACUCUUUUAAUUUUAUAAGAACAUAGCAGUUUAUUCAUCCCAUUCUUUUUCAAUCUUCAUAAGGGCCCAUGUCUAUGAGAAACACUAUUUUGGCUGACAGAGAAAAAUAAAAUAUUAAUCAAUCA